CCUCUGAGAUUGGAAACAAAAAUAGAGAAGAAUCAGAAAAAGAAUGUUUCAACAGUAUCUCUCCAGUUCAUCUGUGCCUCUUUUUUUUCUCAACUGUGGUACUCCAUGUCCUCAUCACAGCACAUCUGGAUUAUAGCUCUACCUUCCUAACCAGUAUUCCAGUUUCCUUCUGUCUUCCCUCCUCCAUCUUCUCUCUUGAUUCAAGGUCAACCAGAUCUCAGUAGAUUUUCAGAUGGCUGAAUCAAACCACCUCUCCCAUGAUUGGGACCUGCCCGCUGGUGAAGCCCUGCUUCAGGAUGUCUUUGGCAUUGUCAUGGAUGAGCUUGUACGAAAAGGAACUGAUGCCUCUGAGAAGGUCUGUGAGUGGAAGGAGCCAGAGGAGCUGAAGAAGCUGCUUGAUUUGGAGUUACGGAGCCAUGGGGAGAAGCAGGAGCAGAUCCUUGACCGGUGCCGGACCAUCAUGCAGUACAGCGUGAAGACCUGUCAUCCUCGGUUCUUCAAUCAGCUCUUCUCAGGGCUGGACCAUCAUGCUCUGGCUGGUCGGAUCAUCACGGAGACCCUCAACACUAGUCAGUACACUUAUGAAAUUGCUCCCGUGUUUGUCCUCAUGGAGGAAGAGGUGCUGAAGAAACUCCGGGCCCUGGUGGGCUGGAGCAGCGGGGAUGGGGUCUUCUGCCCGGGUGGCUCGAUCUCCAACAUGUAUGCGCUGAACUUGGCACGUUACCGGCGAUAUCCUGACUGCAAACGAAGGGGACUUCGGGCCCUGCCCCCCUUGGCCAUCUUCACAACACAGGAGAGUCACUACUCUCUUCAGAAAGGAGCUGCUUUCUUGGGCAUGGGCACAGACAGCAUCCGACUGGUCAAGGCUGACGAAAGGGGAAAGAUGAUCCCAGAGGACUUGGAGAAACAAAUUAAUCAAGCUGAGGCAGAGGGUGCUGUGCCACUCUUCGUCAAUGCCACGGCGGGCACCACAGUGCUGGGGGCCUUUGACCCCCUGGAGGCCAUUGCUGAAGUGUGCCAGCAACACGGACUAUGGCUGCAUGUGGAUGCAGCCUGGGGUGGAAGCGUCCUGCUGUCUCAGACACACCGACACCUCCUGGAUGGCAUUAAGAGGGCUGACUCAGUGUCCUGGAAUCCCCACAAGCUGCUGGCGACUGGACUUCAGUGCUCAGCUCUCCUCCUUCGGGACACCUCGAACUUGCUGAAGGAAUGUCACGGAGCCCAGGCCACCUACCUGUUUCAGCAAGACAAGUUCUACGACGUGUCUCUGGACACAGGAGACAAGGUAAUACAGUGUGGCCGUCGUGUCGACUGUCUGAAGCUGUGGCUCAUGUGGAAGGCUGUCGGUGGAUCUGUGCUGGAGCAGCGUGUGGACUGGGCUUUCACCCUCACCCGGUACCUUGUAGAGAAGAUCAAGCUGCGGAAGGGCUUUGAGCUGGUCAUGGAGCCGGAAUAUGUGAAUGUAUGUUUCUGGUACGUGCCCCCCAGCCUUCGUGGCCAGCAAGACAGUGCUGAUUAUUGCAAGAAGCUCGCUAAGGUGGCACCGGUGCUGAAGGAGCGGAUGGUCAAAAAGGGCUCCAUGAUGGUGGGCUACCAGCCCCACAGAACCUUGCCCAAUUUCUUCCGCCUGAUUUUGGGUAACCCAGCCCUGCGCACAGCCGACCUCGACUUCUUCUUGGAUGAGCUGGAGCAGUUGGGGCAGGACUUAUAACUUCCCUAGGCUGACCAAUAAGCUGCAGUUCUUAUAAAUGUCAGGCAUUCUUUACAUUCUCUUUCUAACUUGUUGACCUGAAGUUAAUUGGUGAUGGUGAAAGGUGGUGGAGGAAAAGAAGGGAAUCAAUUGAGUAAUCAACAAGCAUUUAUUAAGUGCCUAGUAUGUGCCGGACACUGUACUAAGUGCUGGGAAUAUAAAUACAAAAAGGGAAACAAUCCCAACUCUGGAGGAGGGCACCUUCAUGUGGAGAAGAUAGUAACUAUAUACAGAAUAGAUAUAGAAUGAGAAUAAAUACAGAGUAGUUAAAUACCAGUUAGUUCGGGAGGAAAGGCACUAGUAUUUAGGGGGAUCAGGAAAGGCUUCAUGUAGAGGUAGACGAGUCUUGAAGGAAGAGGGAGAUUCUAGGAGCUGGAGAGAAGGAGGAAGUACAUUCCAGCCAUGAAGGAUGGUCAGGGUGAAGGCAGAGAGACAGGAGGUGAAGUGUUGUGUCUGUGUUGUUGUGUGAGCAAAGAGGAAGCCUUUUUGGCCAGAUCUCAGAGUGUGGAAACAGGAGCACAUACAAUACAUAGGUUGGGGCCAGAUUCUGAGGGGCUUUGAAAAAUAAACAGGUGAGUUUACAUUUUAUUGAGGAGUCCAUCGGCCACUUGGAGUUCCUUUAGUAGGGGAGUGAUGGUCAGAUCUGUGCUUAAGGAAGGCUACUUUGGCAUCUGUUUGGAUGGUGGAUUGCAAUGGGGAGAGACAAAGUAGGGAGUCCCCUUAGGCUUUUGCACUAAUCUAGGCAAGGGUGCAUGUGUGAGUAGAAGGAAGAGGCAGGAUACAAGGGAUGAUGCAGAACGUCAGGAUUUGGCAGUUGAAUGUAUUUGCGAGUGACUAAAGAGCGAGGAGCCUUAUUGACUUGGGUGACUCUCAGGUUACAAACUUGGGAGACUGGGAGCAUUUGGACAGAAAUAGGGAAGUUUGUGAGACAGGUGGAUUUUGGGGAAAAGAUGAUGAGUUCUCUUUUGAACAUGCUCAGAUUGAGAUGACUUCAGUGUAUCCAGAUUCAAAUGUCCAAUCGUGAUGAGAAAGGGCAGAGAUAAGCAGCAUACAUAAAUAUGUGGGUCAGCCGCAUAGAGAUAAUUACACCAAUGGGAGCUGAGGAGCUCAGCAAGAGAAAGAAGAAAAGAGAGCGGGUGUGCCCACAUCGUGUGGGUGACGAGCCAGCAAAGGAGAGUGAGAAGCAACAAGAGAAACAGGAAAGAGAAUUGUCACCAAAACCUAAAGAAGAGGGAACAUCCAGAACAAGAGGAUGGUCUGUGGUGUCACAUGCUUCAGAGGGGUUGAGAAGGAUGAAAGCUGAGAAAAGACCAUCAGAUUUGGUAAGUAAGAGAUCAUCAGUAACUUUGAAGAGAGCAGUUUGAGUUGGGGUUGAAGAAUGACUGUGGAGACAAUAAGUGGAAGAUGGGAGUUUGGCCAAGGAAGGGUGGUGAGAUAAAGGGUGAUCACCCGAGUGUAUGGUGGGGUCUAGGGAAGAUUUUUUUAAGGAUGAGGGAGACUUGGAUAUGUUUGAAGGGAAGGAACUAGUAGAUAUGGAAAGGUUAAAGAUUAGAAGUGGGAAUUGCAAUCUAUUGGAGAUUAUGGGAGGGGGGAUGGGAUCAAAGGCACAUGUAGAAGGGUUGAUCUUGGCAAGGAAUAGGGCCACUUAAUUGUUAGGGAUUAAGAGAAAGGAGGAGAGAGUGGGGAAUGAUGUCAAGUGGUUUUUUGAUGAAGAGAAGUGGAAUUGAGAGAGCCCAGGUAAAAUGACCUUAAUUUUCUUAGGAAAGUUGAGAAUUCUUAGCUGAAAUGUUGAGGGGAAGGUGAUAUAUGGAAGGCUUAAGGAAAGGGGAGAAGAAUUGGAAGAGCUUCUGUGAGGAAUAAGAGGGAGACUCAAUUAGAGAGGAAUAAAAGGAUUGCCUCGCUGCAGAGAGGACCCAGUUGAGAUGGAUGACGUGAAUUUAUAAUGUAGUCAGUUGUGUUGGACGACCUCCUCUAGCUUUUGUGCAGCAGCUGUGUGUUAAGUGGUAGGAAAGGGUGGUAGAGAAUGUUAGGGGCUGGAAGGAGUAAGGUAUGGAUUAAAAUUAUUGGGGGCAGGAACUUGAUUGUGUGACCAGGGUUUCCAGCCAAGCCUGGAGCGGUUUUUCAUGAGAUUCCUGAUUGGUGGAAAGAAUGUUGUCUGCUGUGUGAGGGGUAGAGUUGGUACAGAAAGUUUUGAAGAGAGGCAUUCUUCACUUCCUUCUUUAAGAGGUAACAGUCCUGCUUCCACACUCUUUUUGGGACCAAUUCCAGGCAGGAGAAAUAGAAAUGCUUUCUUGUAGACAUGUUAGGGGAAGCUGUCUUCUCAACAAGUGCCUGAUUAGAGACUUUGGGGAAUUUCUCCUUGGGUUAGGUUGACGCUAUUCACUUGGUUAAUCGAGAUCUCGUCUUACUCCUGCCUAAAGAGGAAGAUCACCUGUCUAAAGAACUGAUUUACUCAUGUGUAUUUUCUGAUUUAUUCUGAUCUGUAGAACAUUCCAAUCUCUGUUUGUUGUCUGUUCAUUUAAAAGCAUUUACUUACUCUUCA